AUGCGUCUCGACUACGUACCUAACCCUCCGACCAACCUCUCCCCGGAGGAUCAAGAGGUCCUGGAGCGGGUCAAAGCACGCCGGGGUGCCAUGGGCCUCAUCCCGCUGGAUUUAGCCCUUUUGCAUGCUCCCAAGAUCGCAGAUGGCUGGAACGCCCUCCUCGGCGCCGUGCGGACGAAGAACUCCCUGCCAGACGAUAUCCGCGAGAUUGCCAUCUGCCGACCUGCCUUGAUCAACCGUGCUUGGUUUGAGUGGAAUGCCCAUGCUCCUAUCCUGUUGAAAAGUGCCGGCUUUUCGGAAGAAAAACUGUCGGUGGUGAAACAGUUGCACCCGACAUCUAAGGGGGCGCUCGAUGAUCGUCAAUGGGCGGUUCUGAGAUAUGCGGAUGCCAUGACUCGGGAUGUGUCUGUGCCCCAGAGUUUGUUUGACGAGGUCAAGGCUGCCGGUUUCAGUAACCAGGAGAUUGUUGAGAUUACGGCCACAGUGGCGAGUUACAACCUGGUCAGCCGAUUUUUGGUCGCGUUGGAUGUCGGAGAGGCCAAUGACAAGGCGCCAGAAUGGGCCAAAUAG